AUGGUAGAUGAAGAUUCAAAAGAGGACCCUAAAGAAGAUCCAAGUGAAGAACUAGAGGAGCCAGAAAAGGAAGAUCCAGAAGAAGAUCAGGAAGAGGAUCCGAAAGAAGAAGCUCAUUCUGAGUAUGAUUCACCAAAUAUGCCUAAACAUGCUCCUACUCAUGGUCAAGAAACACUAGCUCAUCUAUCUAUAAUCUGGAUUGCUCCUGACCUUCCUACUCAAGACCCCGCUACACCUACGUACCUAGCAACACAACAGAUAUUUGGAGCACACACCGCCACUCUUUAUGAUUCACAAAUGUCACUUGCAUUUGCCUUUGAGGCCCCUACUUUCACGACACAGGCUAGGGUCAAGGUCCCGUAUAAGGUUGACCAAUAUGCAAAGAUGGAGAAGGAUGCCCGAUUGAAAGAAGAUGAGUCAAUAGAUGCCCAACUUCGAGGUCUAAGAUAG